GCUUGAGCACAGUUCGUCGCGGAACUUCUAACCGAACGGUUGUGCUUUUGGCUGCGCCGCAAGCAGAGCUUCACUGUGCAAUCGGCCGGCGAUCAAAUAUCACGCAGUGAACGUGAUCAGUGAUCGGCAGGGAAAAUCACUUGAAGAGAUUUUUACGGCUCAUUUACUUGGCAUACGGAAGCUGCAAAUGUUUAUACAAUUUUGUGUACGAAUAAACACAUGCAUACAUGCAUAGUACAUGUGUAUGCACACGGUUUAAGCAUCUAUAUAUAAUUUAUUACAUAUGCAAAUGCCGCGUAUCUGCUUAAUGUCAGCGCGAAAAAGUUCAAUUUAUUGUUUGUGAUUGCAAAUUUGACAUAAUUCGUGUAUUUUACAACGCCCCAGGCGCUUCCUCGAAAUUCACAUUCGUCUUAUCGGAACAAAAGUAUAUAUAUACAGAUAUACAUCAAUUUAUCAGUAUAUAUAUACACACAUUUUUAUAGCUGCUUGUUAGCACAGCCUCCAGAACUUGGCCAAUCGAUUUGAACUUACACUCGGGCUCGUGACGAUGAUGUUGCACCACAGCACAGUUGUGCUGCUGCUGCUGCUGCUGCUGGCCGCGGUGGCAACAGGUACCCAGAACCAGAGCCAGAGCCAGAGCAAGAGCCCCACCCGCUUGCACCACAACGGACAUCGAGUGCAUCGACAGCGUCAUCCGCACAACGCAGUCAAGUCGGAGGUGGAGCUGCUGCCGGGCGUGUCGAUGCCCCCAAUGGCCGGUCGUGGCACGGAUAACACGCGUCUGCGUCGCCUGCACCACGCGCACCACCCAUACAACAAGGUGUUAACGCGUCGCCUCCAUCAGCGACCCACCGAAUGGGACUACAAUACAUACAACAUUUAUACAAACACCUUUGGGCCGCCGCCACCGCCGGUGCCCGUCUCGCCGUACGCCGGCAAGGGCGAGGACAAUACGGGCGAUGUGGAGUUCAUCGGCGUCACCGGGCGGGGGCGUGGCAGUGAGUAUGUGCCGCCAAUUACGACAGCUGCGCCGCCACCGAAUCUCAAUCGGCGCGCAGCCACGCCGGGCCUAGGCAUGGGCACCGUGCCGCCGCUGGUGCCGGCACGACGUGGCUACAGCUAUUCAACCACGGCGCCCAGCACCAGCAGCAGCACCAGCAACGCCAGCAGCACCACCAGCGGCAGCACCACGGAGGAGCCCUAUGAGACGAACACAAUCAGUCGCAAUUAUCCCACAGAUGCCAAGGAAAUGGAGCGGCGACACAUUUGCGUGCAGCAGCGCACCAUCACGAUGCCGGUGAAGACGACGGAGGUGUACACGCGACCCACCUGGAAACACAUCAGCACGCCCUGCCAGCCGCCCACGCAUCCCGGCCAGAUGUGCACCCGCGUCCAGCUGGUCCACGAGCAGGCCUACCGGGAUGUCAUCAAGCACAAGCCAGCGCAGCAGCUCAGCUACGAAUGCUGUGCGGGAUGGAGUCGAGAGACGCCGAGAGCGGAUGCGUGCAAGAAACCUGUUUGCACCACGCGCUGUCAGAACGGCGGCAAUUGCACGGCGCCGCAGACAUGCAGCUGUCCGGCGGGCUUUACGGGUCGCUACUGCGAGCAGGACGUGAACGAGUGCCAAACGGAGAAGCCGUGCGAUCAGCAAUGCGUGAAUACCCAAGGAUCGUACUACUGCCGCUGCCGGCAGGGCUUCGUGCUGCAAGCCGACCAGCAGAGCUGCCGGAAGAGCUCUUCGCAUGCGGACGAUGCAUUCGAGGCGCGUGAUCUGGAGAACGAUAUUGAUGACACGGACGCAGAGGUGGUAAGCAGGCUGCAGAAGAUCGAGCGAUCGCUGGCCAACGAGCGCAUCCACACGAAUGAGCUGCAAAAGUCACUGCAGGCCACCUACAGUGUGGUGGACACACUGAAGAGUAGGCUGAGCACGCUGGAGAAGCAAGCGAUGGAUGUGAAUCGUAUGCAAACGAAUCUCUAUAAAACAGAAUCGCGCACCAACAAGCUGGAGAGCAUGAUAAAUCUUUUAUUCAAAUGUCGAAACGCACCCAAUGCCAAUUGCCCUUGAAAUGCGGGGAACGCGGGGAUGAUGACCGGAAGUGCAUUUUAUUUUAGUUAUAAUCUAAGCUAAAGCAUAAUCAUAAUGUGUUUGUCUGUAGCUGCUCCUGCUUGUAAGCCAUUCCCCAACGCAAGUGCCUCCGUAGUUUCUAAAGAAAACAUAAAAUACGAAAUCAAGAG